AUCAGCUGAUCGCUCAUAGCUGAGCUUUAGUCGUGGUCUUUGGUGGCGUCUCUGACAUUAGACGAUUUGUGUGGACGUUAUCGUCAAAGGUACUGAAAGUGAAACCAGUCCAGGGUUUCCAGAGAAAUCAAACGCUGACAUGGCCCCAACACUGUAUGAUGAGAAACCGGAGCCUGGGGACUUGAUAGAGAUCUUCCGGGGCUCCUAUCAGCACUGGGCUGUGUAUGUUGGUGAUGGCUUCGUUGUUCACUUGGCACCACCCUCUGAGGUCCCGGGUGCAGGCGCCAGCAGCAUGAUGUCUGUCCUAACUGAGAAGGCCAUGGUGAAGAAAGAGGAGCUGUGGGACGUGGUGGGAACGAACCAGUGGAAAAUCAACAACAGCCUGGACGCGGAUUACAAGCCGCGCUCGGUUCACAUCAUUCUGAGGGAGGCCUGUGCGCUGGUGGGCCAGGAGCUGCCGUACUGCGUCUUCAGGGGGAACUGCGAGCACUUUGCAAACGAGCUGCGAUACGGGAAAGCCGAGUCCCGGCAGGUGCGUAAGGCAGGAGAAGCGGUCAUGGUCGCAGGCGUGGCUGCGGCGGUGGGUCUGGGUAUCGAGGCUCUGGCAGGAGCUCUGUUUGGAGGCAGCAAGAAAGAAAACAGGAACACGCAGUGAUUCAAGUCCUGAGUCACCUGUUGAGGGGCUUGAUUAACAGAUCACCAGCAAAGCCUAACUGGAGCUUAAAACACAGUCCAAUUUACAUGCAGCCAUCCGUGAUUUAGUGCACCUGUCCCCCACACCUUCUGUGUUUGAAUAACAAUGCAAGGAUGGUUGGUUUGAUUUUUUAAAACGUUUCUACAGACAGCAUGUACAAGCACAACAAUCUUUAUUCCCUGUAAUUAAUUGAAAUGCCAAGAUGAUAAUGAUAAUAUGAUAAAUAAGUGUUUUACUUUGAAAAUUUUGAAGAUUUUCUAGAAGACAGUAGAAAUUUUUGGAUUGUAGUGAUUUGAGAUCCACCGGGUUGGUGGAUAAAAACAGAUUAGUUUGCUGGUAGUUGCUUAUGACUAAAUAUUCUGAAUUACUUGAAGUCAAAAUCUAAAUGUCUCUGAAGUCUAAAAAGGUGAUUCUCAUUAGCAAAUACUUAAUGCAACAGGAAUGUUUAAAAUAAUUAAAAUAAGCUAAUAUCUCAUUGUAGUUACAUCUCAAAGAAAAGCCAUAUAAUGUCAUACACACUACAACCUACUAUUUAUUGUCAGUAUGUUGAUGAACUGAGGGUCCUGGGCUGAAAUGUGGACUGAACUAAUUCAACACUUGCGCACUUUUUUCCUGACAUGUCACCUCUGAGUUCACAAUUUAACAGGGAUUUCUGAGGUUUUUUCUUCCUCUGACAUUUAAUUGUUUGUAAUUGUUUUGAAUAAAGAAUAAUUUGUGAUUCUGGA